CCGGCGCACACGUUAACUGUGCCGGAAAGCUAUAAAGUGCAGUGCUGAAAACAGAUGCAUUGUUUAGACACGUCUAUUAGUAGAAGAAGAAGAAGAAGUAGAAACAGAUUCAGGCUUGACUUCCCAUUAAGCCCCAACAAAACAUUAUGGAUUAGUGUUAAAUCACAUGUACAUUCUCACAUAAUGAAGAAGUGAAGCUGAAAGUUUUAUAUCAAAACUUGAUCUUGAGUCUUGUAUGUAGUAGAAAGGAAAAGUAUGUCAACACUAGGUUGAGGGGUCGUUACGAUACAUUUUAACAUGUUGUCACAUUUUGCCUAUAACAUGAGGAUACCAGAACAGGAAAUACCAAUACAAUACAUAUCAUGUUAUAUGCAGGUGUGCAAAUAAUUUUUUCAUGGAUUACUCACACGAGUACCAAGAGAUUGUGUUUGGCACUCAUCGAGGGGUCUGAAGCAGUCUUCCUCGAUGUCCUCCUCUGUCUCCACAACUACAGAGGCCGAUUGGCUAAUUCUGUUCAGCUAGUAUGAUUAUUAGCGAUAGCUUGCGCUAUAUUAAUGUGGUCUCUGCUCUUUACAUGCUAGUGAAAUAAAGGAUGGCUGAAAUUGAUUUGACUUUUUAUAAAACGCAUGUUUCAUCAGCGAAUUGUGGGUAGGGUGACCAGUUUCAAGACAGACACUCAGCCUUUUCAGUGAUGUGUCCGGUGUCCGCCAGACCUCAUUAACCGGAUGCUAUUCGUCUGGCGUUUAGAAAGUUAAGAAAAUGGGCUGCGGUUCAGUUUAUGUGACGUAACUCAGCCCCACGGUUGUCACAACAGGUCUGUUAAUGGCCAAGAGUGGCUUAAGUUCAAAACGUCCUAUAUCAUUAGCUCAAUAAAAUGUAAACAAAGCUUCAUCUGUGGCGGACGACAUCAUUUCCUCGCUGAGAUUUUACAACAGUGCUAGCAAAGAGCCAAAAUGACAGACAUCUUUUAACAAUGAAUGGACGAAAGAGCACGCUUUCUUAGCCAAAAGCAGUCAAGACUCGUUCCAGGGUUUCUGCACGCUUUGCUGGUGUGACGUGCCAUUUGAGCAGCAGGGGCAAAACAGCCAGAGAAUGUCACGUGGAGAGUGCGAAACACAAAAGCAUGAGGCGAGCAGCAGGUUCGUCGACAUUAAAAACUGUAAUAUAUGUCACACUGCUGUUGCCAUAGUGUGCACUUCCUGUGGGUGUGGUAUUAUAGUGUAAAAGGAAUCUCUGUGAUGUGUCGGGGGCACAUAUGCUGAGAAGCACGCUGAAUAAAAAACUGUUGUUCCAUUCAAGUCUCGGUCUGACAUAUACUUAGAUUAAGGAAGUACAUAACAAAAAGUGGCGACGAGGACAUCUGGACCUUAAAAAGGAGUGUGAAAGUGCUGUAUAAGUAGGCGAUAUGGCGGGAGUUAUCGGUUCUGUUGGUCCUUUUGAUGAGCUUGUGGAACAGUGGACCUCGUACAUGGAGCGGUUUGGCUAUUUUGUGGAAGCUAAAGAAAUAGCGGAAGAGAAAGUGGUGCCCACAUUUUUUAGCGUUAUUGGGCCAAAGACUUUCGCUUUACAGAGAAACUUAAACCUGGCAGCAGAACGUACAGGGAGAUCGUGGAUACUCUUAAUGCACAUUUUUUACCCAAGCCUCUUGUAAUUGCAGAGAUUCCGAUUUCACAAGAGAAAUCAGGAGGAGGGGGAAUCUGUCACUAUGUUUGUAGCGGCGCUGCGGAAGCUGGCUGAACAUUGUGAGUUUGGUGAUGUUUUAGAAGACACGUUAAGAGACAGAUAGGUAUUUGGACUGAGAAAUGAAGCAACACUAAAGAAGUUACUCUCAGAAAUUGGACUGACAUUAAAGAAAGCCUUUGAUGUAAGUGUGACUAUGAAAAUGCCUUGAAAGGAGGCUCAACAAUUUAACAUCACGAGCAGAAUACACCAAGUGGCAAGUCCCCAAAGCAAUGUUGCUGGUCCCCGUUUUAGGUGCAUUAAAACGGGGCACCUUGCCUCCACCUGCUAGUGUAAAGAAAUGAACUUUCGUAAUUGUGGAACGAAGGGUCAUGUUGAGCGUGCCUGUCAGAAUAAAACAAGCACAGAAAAAGGAAAGAAAAUGGAUGACGAGAAGAAAAUAAAAAAAUAUGUCAAGGCAGUAGAGAGAGCCUCUACUUCCGAAGAUGACAGACACAAGCACACCGUGCAUGUAAUGAGCGUGGAGUUUGUGUGCAUGUAAUGAGCGUGGACGGAAACUCAGAGUGUUACUGGGUCACACCAAAGUUAGAGGGUCACCCAGUCAAAAAGCAAAUAGACACUGGAUCAAAGGCAUCGCUUGUGUUUUACCAAGUCUAUAAACAGUGUUUGAGACACCUUCCUUUACGACCGUCAGACACUGUGUUCAAAGCGUACACUGGACACAAAGUGCACAUGAAAGGAAUUACUGACAUUAUUGUGCAAUGCAAUGAGCAAACUGCCAAACUUCCAAUGUAUGUCACAAAAGGGAAUUUUGCUUCCAUCAUGGGACGACUGUGGAUUAAUACACUUCGUGUAAAUUGGCAAGAAGUUCUGCGGCUGUCAGACUGUUCUUCACAACUACAAGUCAUCCUGGAAAAGAAUGAAGAGGUUUUUCGUGAGGAAUUGGGCAGCAUGAAGGACAUUACAGUGAAUUUGCACAUUAAAUCAGGAAGCAAACCUGUGUUUAUGAAGGCUAGGACAGUGCCGUAUGCAAUUAGUGACAAAGUCGAGGCUGACCUGGAUGCGUUGGUCAAAAGUGGUGUUUUGGAACCAGUCACCACCAGCAAAUGGGCGACACCAAUUGCGCCGGUUCCGAAAAAGAAUGGCGGAAUAUGCACAUGUGGACAUUUUAAAGUGACUUUGAAUCCGGUGCUUUGUGCGGCGCAGUACCCGCUUCCAUUGAUCGAUGAUUUGUUUGCAGGUCUGAACGGGGGUUAAAAAUUCAGCAAAAUUGACCUCAAACAAGCUUAUCUGCAGAUGCACGUGGACAAAGAAUCACGGGUGGAUGACAAUCAACACGCACAAGGGACUUUUCAGAGUAUUGCAGAUUACCUCUUGGCAUCACAUCUGCUCCUGCUCUGAUUCAACGGGCUAUGGAUCAAAUUUUGAGUGGAUUGCCAAGAGUACAAUGUUACUUGGAUGAUAUUCUCUGCACCGGUAAGACGACGAGCAGCAUCUUCGUAACCUGGAUGCUGUCUUAAAUAGGCUAAGACAGUAUGGUCUUCGAGUGCGCAAGGAAAAAUGUGAAUUUUUGAGACGGAAUCUCUAUCGGUGAAGUAUCUCGGGCAUGUGAUCGACCAAGAAGGGCUACACAAGGCUCCAUCAAAGACAAAGGCAAUUGUGGAUGCAUCCGCCCAGAAAAUACGCAGAGUGCUUUCAAGUAAAGCCUUGCGACAAGCAAGCCGGAGCGGCGCGAUAGAGGGGUCGUGUAUUAUUGGUAAACCCAGCCACCUAUCACUUCCUUUGGCCCGAGGAGGAAGCGGGUGUCCAGCUGAUUGAGAUACGGAUGUGAUACCCACAAUGGAGACUGGAGUUUGACUUGUGGUUCCAAGUUAGCCAGUAGAUGACAUGCACGCUCUUUGGUUGUGCUUUUCAUGGCUCUGGGCUGAUGAGACUUUUCGGGAGAUCAGGAACACAACAGAGAAUGGAGCGGCUGAUUCUGUGUGUGCUGCUUUGUAGCGCCUUGGUGAAGGGCUACAGUUGUCCUGGCCGCUGCAUCUGCCAGCAUCUGUCUCCCACACUGACACUCCUUUGCGCAAAGACAGGCCUCCUGUUCGUGCCGCCCACCAUCGACCGUAAGACGGUGGAGCUGCGGCUCACUGACAACUUCAUCACCGUUAUCCGCAAAAAGGAUUUCUUCAACAUGACCAGCCUGGUACACCUCACUUUGUCCCGCAACACCAUUAGCCAGAUCACUCCUCAGGCCUUCAUAGGCCUACGCUCGCUGCGAGCACUGCACAUGGACGGAAACCGCCUGAGUGCAAUCAGGAGCGACCAUUUCAAAGGCCUGAAUAACCUUCGGCACCUUAUCCUCGGGAACAACCAGAUCCACCAAGUAGCUGUUACCUCCUUUGACGAGUUUGUCUCCACUAUUGAGGACCUGGAUUUGUCCAACAACAACCUGCGCACCCUGCCUUGGGAAGCCAUAGCGCGGAUGACUAACAUCAACACACUCACGUUGGACCACAACCUGAUUGACCACAUCGGAGCAGGCACCUUCACCUUGCUCACCAAGCUGGUCCGCCUGGACAUGACAUCAAAUCGGCUGCAAAAGCUACCGCCCGAUAGCCUGUUCCAGCAUGCUCAGGUACUGUCUGACGCUAAGGGCUCCAGCUCCUCCACCUUGGCUGUCAGCUUUGGGGGGAACCCGCUUCACUGCAACUGCGAGCUACUCUGGCUUCGCAGGUUGACCCGUGAGGAUGAUCUGGAGACUUGUGCCUCACCUGAACACCUCAUGGACAAAUAUUUCUGGUCCAUACAAGAGGAGGAGUUCAUCUGCGAACCGCCUUUGAUCACGAAACACCUUGCCACCAAGCCCCACGUGAUGGAAGGGCAGGGGGUCACCCUAAAGUGCAAGGCAGUGGGUGAUCCUGACCCAGAGAUCCACUGGCGUUCACCAGAUGGCAAGCUGGUGCACAACAACUCCCGAACCAUCCUGUAUGAAAAUGGAACGCUCGAUAUUCUGAUCACCACUCUUAAGGACAGUGGAGCGUUCAACUGCGUGGCCUCCAAUGCGGCGGGCAUCGCCACAGCUGCCGUGGAAAUAAACAUGAUCCCACUGCCACUGUUUGUUAACAACACUGGCCACAUGCGUGAAGACCCAGGCCUGUCGGACAUCACCACUUCGUCCAAAUCGGGCAACGACACUAAGGACAGGCAGGGUAAAAGGGUGUUGGUCACUGACCUUACUUCAUCAUCGGCUGUAGUCCGUUGGCCAUCUGAACGUCACAUCCCCGGAAUCAGAAUGUACCAGAUACAGUACAACAGCACUGCUGAUGACACGCUGGUGUACAGAAUGAUCCCUCCUAGCAACAAGGAUUUUUUGAUCAACGACUUGGCAGCGGGUCGUGAGUAUGACCUGUGCGUACUGGCCGUAUACGACGACGGCGUGACAUCAUUGACGGCCACGCGUGUAGUGGGCUGUAUCCAGUUCCACACUGCUAGAGAGGUUAGCCAGUGCCGCUUCAUGCACAGCCAGUUCCUGGGAGGCACCAUGAUCAUCAUCAUCGGCGGCAUCAUCGUGGCAUCCGUCUUGGUGUUUAUCGUCAUUCUCAUGAUCCGCUACAAGGCCUAUGGUGGUCCCGAGGAGGUCAAGGUCAAGGCGGGCCCCGGUGUCCGCUCGCAGGCUAAUGGCAGUCACCGGCGGCUGCAGCGCUCCGCGUCUGGGCAGCCUUCGGAUGAAGGCCACCGUGACGGGUCCAAGGAAUGCAUGGCGCUCGUUCUGAAGACAGACCUCGAGAAGGAGGAGGACACCAAAGCUGUUGUGGCUGUCGGGGCAUCAUCCGCCGUCCUGGAGGUGGAGCUACCGCCGCCGACCAAGCGAAGGACCAGCCUGCCGCCAGAGGACACACAGAAUGACACUCAGACGGACAGCAGCCUGACAGGCUCCACCAUGUCGCUGUGCCUCAUCGGCCCUACCGCCGCCUCCACUGAGGCGCCGCGAUUCCUGGACAAAAAGGGCGUACUGGCCAACACGGGGUUGCUGAUGUCCAACGAUCUGGCACGAACUCGGCACAGGUUCUCUUUCGAUGGGGGGGACUACUCCAUAUUUCAGAGCAACAGUUACCCGCGGCGUGCCAGGACGAAGUGGCACCGCUCUACCAACCAGCUGGACACAGAGUCGUCGCCCCUAGCCAACCGCAAGGUGACGUUCAGCAGCACUGAGUGGAUGCUGGAAAGCACAGUGUGAGCGAAUACGCCACUAAAAAAACAAAAAACGACAUCAGCCCCUAAUCCCACCUCGCCAUCACUCCCCCUUAGAGAGGUUUGUCGGCAAUCUGUGUUCAUUCAUUCUUACUAUUUCAAAUUGGUCAUCAAAAAGGAGAAACAUGAAUGAGGGGCUGCUUAUUUUGGGGUUUGUUUUUUUUAACAGCUAGUCUGUUAACCAAAAGUUCACCUUCCACAUCCAGUGGUUCCCUUUUCAGACGGAAACAAAUCCAUAACAAAGUACAUUAUUCAGAUGUCGGAAGCAUUAUUAUUGACAAAGUCCAAAGCCUCACUUGUCUGAUCCCUGAGUUGUCCAGAAAGAACGCAAGCUGUCUGCAGCUCUGUUUCCAGUCAUGUGCAAAUCCGAAAUUUCGCAAUGAAAAUUUUGUAAUGGAAAUGUAUGAAUUAAAAAAAAAAAAAAAAAUUAAAUCGCAAAAUAGUUUUCAUGUUUUCAUCAGGAUAUUUUCAGAUGUUUUGCGAUACAAAUUCAUAGGCCUCUGGAAGUGUCGUACCCAGUCUUAGCUUCUCUGUGCGCAAAACCACAUAGAGCAAAAAAUAGUUACAUCCCUAAGAACGAUGUUAAGUUUUCCUUGUUGCUUUUUCAAGUACAGUGGUACUUCGACACACGAUCGUUUCGACAUCCGACGUAAAAUUUGACUCGCCAUUUGUUUCUAUAACCAACGGCAUGCUUGAAAAACAACGAUUUAUGACAGCGCGGCUGUUUUUUUGUUUUCCCGCAAGACGGACGCACGGCGGAUUUUCUUGUGACAUCAAUCAAGAGCAAGAAUGAUAGUGCAAGUGGCGAAAAAAAGGAAAAAGGUGAGGCUUACCAUUGAAAUGAAGAUGGAAAUGAUAAAAAAAUAUGAGCGUGGUGUGCGCGUCCUUGAACUGGCUCGACAAUAUGGCCGUAGAAUGUCUACGAUCUCGGUGGUCCUCCUUCGACCUCCAUUCGCCAGUCUUUAUAAGUUAAGGUGACAAUUAUUUUGAUAACAUCGCCAAAGAAAUCGCCACCUUUGUCAGGUUUUCAAAAAUUUAUUUCGCAACUUGUGCAACACAACAUGCCUACUGUCCGCUGCAGCUGACACCCAACAACAGAACACUAAAAGUGAAAGUAAUAACUCUAAUGCACUCUGUUGUCAGCCACACGGUGCGUUCAGGUAUCCCCCGCGAAAUACAUCCGCCAUAUUAAAACUCGAUUCAUUGCAUUAUUGCAGGUAUUAUUAUUAGUAUUAUCACUGUUAUUAUAUUAUUAUUAUUCCGAUUUUCAUUCAUAAUUUAUUUCUUUUGCUCUUUUUAAUUGCUAUUUCCAAUAGCAACAGCAGUAUUUAUGAAUGAUUUAUUGUAGGUUUUUCAGGCUGUGGGACGAAUUAAUGGAAUUAAAAUGUAUUCUUAUGGGAAAAUCCUGCUCGAUAUUUGACCAUUUCGACUUACAAAGUCCUGGAAUGAAUUAACUUUGUAUGUAGUGGUACCUUUGUAUUGUUAUCACUAUUAUUAUAACACACGUGCACAAUCUUCCUCUCGCUCCGAGUGAUGCGUUCAAAAAACAACACGAUAAUAACGGUGCUCACAAAAUGGAUUCAGACGAGCUAGCAACAGAGCUCAGACUAGUACACUACCAUAUAUACUGGACUGUCUCAGAAAAUUAGAAUACACAAUAUUCUAAUUUUUGUAUAUAUACA